GCCCCGCCCAUUUAUACUGUGCUUGUGGUCAUGGUGACUUUUUCACGACGAUAAAAAUCCUGAAUCUUUCGCAGUGAGAGAUCUUUUGGAAAAUCUAUCGAAUCGGGGACGAGGACGCACGUUUCUCAGGUUCGAGGAACCAGCGCUUCAAGGGUGAAAUCAAAAUAAUAGAGAAGAUGAGCUCCGGCGACGAUCAGGUGGCCACGACAGAUAAUGCCGCAGCAGCCACAGACCAACCUGCCGCAGAAGGCGAGCAACAACAGGGCUCCGCACGAGAGUCUUUUAUGUCCGUGGUUAAGUCGAUGGUGAUGCGCGGACUGGUCAUAUAUUUUGUCAUGUCCUUCUUUAAAAAGCCACAGGCACCCGUCGGCCCCUCUUCGCAGCCAAGUGUUGUAGCCAGCCCGGCGGUCAACAUCUUUGAAAACGGAACCCUGAUGGACUUGUACAUGUUUCUGUCCGAGAAUGAGCACUUCAGCGAAUUCGGGGAUGAGAAGGCGUUGGUGUGGAGCAAACAAAAUCUGAUGUACGGAGACUGGACAAGCGGGCCUGAGCAGGACGGAUCCUAUUCAACGUCCUUUUCCUUUCCAACCUCACAGAAGCUGCGCAACAACGGCUCCAUCUUUUUGCAUGUUUAUGUCACCAAGGCGGGACGCAGCCCUGACCCAAAGUCUCCGAAGUAUGUGGGCAAAGAUGUUGCCUACGCACAAAGGAUGAUGAAUCGCUUCAAGAAAAGACACUACGUCAAAACGCACAACCUGCUGACUGGCGAGACCGCCGCCUCCGAAGAGCACCAGAAGAAAGCAGAGACAACCAAGAAAGAGGUCGUCUCCCACUGGCACCCCAACAUCACCGUUAACAUCAUCACUGACUUCACCAACUGGGUUCAGGGAUCUGUCCCACCGCCUCUUGACGAGUAUGUUGUGUUUCUUCCUGGAGGAAACUUCUACAAGCCAGUGGUUUACAUGAAUGACUAUUGGAACAUGCAGCGCGACUACCAGCCCAUUAACGACACCACCUUGGAGCUAAAACUGCAGGUGACUUUCCAGCCUUUGUCUCUGCUGCGUUGGCAGUUGUACGCUGCCCAAUCCAUGCGUAACAAGUGGACGUCCGGUGUAUUUGGGGACACAUUUGCCGACGACGAAGAUGUCGACCAGGACUCACUCAAGGAGGCCCUGCUCGAGACGUCACCCUACCUUCUGGGUCUCACCUUUGCCAUCUCCAUCCUCCACUCCAUCUUUGAGAUCCUUGCUUUCAAAAAUGACAUCCAAUUCUGGAACAAUCGAAAGUCGUUGGAAGGACUCUCGGUGCGAUCCGUAUUCUUCAACGUCUUUCAGUCCACGGUGGUUCUCCUCUAUGUCCUGGACAACGACACCAACACCGUUGUGCGCAUUUCUUGCUUUGUUGGACUUGGCAUAGAGAUAUGGAAAAUUCAUAAGGUGAUGGAUGUGAAAGUGGGUGAGCAAAAGAUCUUAGGCUUCAUCCCAAGAAUAGAGUUUAAGGACAAGGGGUCCUAUGUGAACUCAAGUACUCGCCAGUACGACAUGAUGGCCUACAAGUAUCUGUCCUGGGCGCUUUUCCCGCUGCUGGGCGGCUACUGUGUCUACUCUCUACUUUACGAGGAACACAAGGGCUGGUACUCCUGGGUGCUGUCGAUGCUGUACGGCUUCCUGCUCACCUUCGGUUUCAUCAUGAUGACACCUCAACUCUUCAUCAACUACAAGCUCAAGUCCGUCGCACAUCUGCCCUGGCGCAUGAUGAGCUACAAAUUCCUCAACACCUUCAUCGACGACAUCUUUGCCUUUGUCAUCAAAAUGCCUACUAUGUACAGACUUGGAUGCUUCAGAGACGAUAUUGUGUUCUUCAUAUUCCUGUACCAAAGAUGGAUCUAUAAGACUGAUCCUUCCCGUCUGAACGAAUUUGGCUUCUCUGCCGAGAUGGAGCAAGAGGCCAAGGCCAAGGGGCCAGCUGAAGAGGUCAAGCCCAUCGAAGACAAGAAGAAGGACUAGUUUGUGUGAUGCUUUGACGUGUAAACCUACAGUUAUGUAUGACUUGAUUCGUGUAUGUUUUUAUUUCCAAUUCAGCAACAACGGGGCAUUUACCUUUUUUAGAAAAACUGGUCGCGAUUCUAAAUGUCUGGCGAGAUAAAAAAAAAUUGCCAAGUCUUAGUAUGUAGCUUCUCAUUGAAUUCCGUAAUUAAAUAAAUGUUCUGUUUUUGUUAAA